UAUGUGGAAUGGCAUGUCCCAAGUCAUCUACGAAAACAAAGUCAACUUCUUGGUUCUACGUAAAGUCUUGUAAAUUUCUCAGCUUCGUCCUUAAACCGGCGGAUCGGUCGAUACGACUCUUUCACGUUCUCUGUUCUUCCUCUGUUUCCUUCUUUACGGGAUCUCUCCAUCUCGAUUGAUGCUCUGUGCUUCCAAAGGAAUCUCGAUUGACACUUAGAAUCCAUCGUCCCACACCCCAAACCGACCCUCCAUUGUUGGCCACCUAAAUUAGCUUCCGUCCUCGACGACAACGAUGAAGGGAACUCUUGGCCUCUGCACCAUCCUACUCACAGCAUUAGCAGCGACGGUCUCCCGGGCGAAAGGUGCCGCUCAUUUUCCUUUCGCGGUCUGCUACGACCCCACUGAGGACUACAAGGCCAGCACCGCCUACAAGCAAAGCGUCAACAGCCUGCUCCUCGCGCUGCGGCGCAACGCGUCCCUCACUGGCUUCGGCACCGCGGUCGCCGGCCAGCCCCCGAACAGAGUUUAUGGCACCAUCCUCUGCUACGGCGACGCCUCAAGCGAGGAUUGCAGGGGUUGCAUCUAUAACGCCACCGAAGGAACAGACUCCGUCUGCGAGUCUUGGGUAAUGUGGUAUGACCACUGUAUGGUGAGAUACUCUCCUUCGAACUUCAUAGGCGUUCUGGACACGGAGGACGUCGUCUCCGGCACCAACCCCGACAGCCCUGAUACUUCGGACCCUGCCCUCUUCAACACCCAGCUGCUAACGCUCCUCACCAACCUUACGACGACUGCCGCCGGCAACCGAUCCGAGAUGAAGUACGCGACCGGAAACAUUUCGGUCACGGCCGGUCAGACGAUCCACGGCUGGGUGCAAUGCACAAGGGACAUCUCCCUCAAUGACUGCGGCACCUGCUUGGCAAAUUUGACCUCAAGGAUCCAGACGUGCUGCAACGAGAAGACGGACGUCUUCAUCAGCUCAGGAACUUGCAUUAUUAGGUACCAGGUGCCACAGCUGCCUUCUUCCGAUGCAAACCCGCGGGAAAAAAAUCCACAGCUGCCUUCUUCAAGCUCAGCAAGGAUCGGGCUCUACUGGAUUCGAAACGACAUUCUUGUCGCCAUUAUCUCAACAAUUUCUACAGCAGCACUGUGUCUUGGAAUUCCUCAUUCUUUCUCCUUAUAA